CAAACUGACGGGGCUCUGGCGUCGUGACCCAUUUCUAACCCCUCCUCACCACCCCACUUAAAUCCUCCCCCGGUCUGCCCUCCACCCCCCAAAUGGCCUCCGUCAUCCCUGGCUCGCAGGCGGCUAAGCGGAGACCGGCUCCGAAAUAACCCACUUAGGCAGCCGCAUCUCCUCCACACCCUGACUACCUUCUCCUGUCCUUCCCUUCUGCCAUCUCGUCCACCGCCAAGGGGAUCAAGCGUGCCCUGGGGCAGUUGGUACUACAGGCCUUGGUGAUUACACCACCUGGACCAGAUCACUCGGUUCCCUUUGCAGCCACCCCAUUCUGGGGACUGGCACCGUCAAGAUUCUGCCGUCUGGGGAACCUGGAAUAUGCCUCAGGGCUUUUUUUCCCAAGGCAUCCAACACUGAGCCUCACGUGUAAUAAGUAUUUAGAACGCUGGUCGCAGCCUGACAGAGUGAAUGAAGACCACAAUGACAAUGACAGCUUUCCAGUCCAUGGACCGGUGUUGCCCAACAGAAAUACGUUACGUAGGAAAUAUGACUGAAAAUUUGCAGAACUUGGCUUUCAGACUGAAAAAGAUUUUUCUCUCUAACAGUCUCCAUCAUGAUUCACAGCCUUUUUUUGAUCAACUCCUCAGGAGAUAUUUUCCUGGAGAAACAUUGGAAAAGUGUGGUCAGCCGUUCUGUCUGUGAUUAUUUUUUUGAAGCGCAAGAGAGAGCUACGGAGGCAGAAAAUGUGCCUCCAGUUAUCCCUACUCCUCACCACUAUCUCUUAAGUGUUUACCGCCACAAGAUCUUUUUUGUAGCUGUGAUCCAGACGGAAGUCCCUCCUCUAUUUGUCAUUGAGUUUCUUCACCGAGUAGUGGACACAUUUCAGGAUUAUUUUGGUGUCUGUUCAGAGCCAGUCAUCAAAGACAACGUGGUUGUGGUUUAUGAGGUGUUGGAAGAGAUGCUUGACAAUGGAUUUCCACUGGCUACAGAGUCGAAUAUCCUCAAAGAACUGAUAAAGCCUCCCACUAUUCUUCGAACAGUGGUCAAUACCAUAACAGGAAGCACCAAUGUGGGUGACCAACUACCCACUGGGCAGCUGUCAGUGGUGCCUUGGCGACGAACUGGAGUGAAAUACACCAACAAUGAGGCCUAUUUUGAUGUGAUUGAAGAGAUUGAUGCCAUCAUUGAUAAAUCAGGUUCCACAAUUACUGCUGAGAUCCAGGGGGUGAUUGAUGCCUGUGUCAAGCUGACUGGAAUGCCAGACCUUACGCUCUCCUUUAUGAACCCCAGGUUGUUGGAUGAUGUCAGCUUCCAUCCUUGUGUUCGUUUCAAGCGCUGGGAAUCUGAACGUAUCCUCUCCUUCAUUCCUCCUGAUGGAAACUUCCGCCUGCUCUCUUACCAUGUCAGUGCACAGAAUCUGGUGGCAAUUCCAGUGUAUGUUAAACACGGCAUCAGUUUCCGGGACAGUAGUUCACUUGGACGCUUUGAAAUAACGGUGGGACCUAAGCAAACUAUGGGGAAGACCAUCGAGGGAGUGAUUGUCACCAGCCAGAUGCCCAAAGGGGUCCUGAAUAUGAGCCUCACUCCAUCUCAGGGGACACACACAUUUGACCCAGUUACCAAGAUGCUGUCUUGGGAUGUAGGAAAAAUAAAUCCCCAAAAGCUACCAAAUUUGAAGGGCACUAUGAGUCUUCAGGCUGGCGCUUCCAAACCAGAUGAGAACCCCACAAUUAACCUGCAGUUUAAGAUCCAGCAGCUGGCCAUUUCUGGACUCAAAGUGAAUCGUCUGGAUAUGUAUGGAGAAAAGUACAAACCCUUUAAGGGCAUAAAAUACAUGACCAAAGCUGGGAAAUUUCAAGUUCGAACCUGAAAAGAAAGUUUACAAAAGGAGAAGUCACGAACACUUUUUCAUUUCUUACUUGUCUAAAAGUAAAAAAAAAAAAAAAAGCAGCCUGUCUCCUAGGUCAGUCCCCUCCUGGACCCACCCGCUCCCUAUUUUCCUUAGCCUUCAGUGCCAUGGAACUAAUCAAGGGAGAAAGGGUCGCCAGGGAGAACCGGACAGAACUGAAACACAAUCAGCACCAACUCAGUUCUCAAAGAAGAGAUGUGCAAUGGAGGGUGGAGAUACUUGAUACCAUAUUUAACUCGUUCUAAUGUGGUUACCAUAGAAAGGGACUAGCAUUUGUUACUUGCUUGGCUUUAAUUAUCUAAAGCCAAUGAAAGACUUUUUUGUUUUUGUUUUCUAAGGUGGAAAAAAAGAUUAGAAAGAAAGGAAGCUUGGAAGAAAAAUGAAUGUUAGUUAAGGAAAGGCCGGGAAAGAGUCUGAUUCGUGAGGGAAGAAAGAGGAAGCUGAGUAUUAAAGCAGUAAAGUGAAAGUGGCAAGUGGUCAAGCUACACGCGGAGGAAGGGGAAGGACAGAGAUGAGUUAGUUUCUUUCUGAUCCUCUGCUUUCAUAAUGUGUAUGUUAUAUAAAUUUGUACUUCAGGAAAUGAACUGGAGACUUCUUAAAUUCAAGUCCACUGUUUAACUAUUGACACGAAAACCACAGUAGAAUCCGAUUUUCCCUUAAGAACUGACGAUAUCUGAGCAGUUUUCAGAUAAUAAAUUGCUUCUCGCCUUUAGCACUUGUCUGUCAUCUUCAGUGAGAGGGUGACCUGCCCUCCUCCUGGUGGUGGUUGCCUGAAAUGCCUCUUUUCCUCAAACCAAAACAAUCCUAUUCACUUUACAGGAUGCAUCAGCCUUGUACUGAAGAGCAUUUCAGAAAAGCCAAUCCCGUACCCCCAAGGGCAGCCAGAUUUUAUAUGUCAUAGUGUUGGAGUGUAGAAGGCUGGCCACCUCAUUCGUCAUGAAGGUGUACCCCAACUGUAACUGUUGAUUCCUUAUUUGCAUUUGCCAGUGCUGGACUGCUACGGAGUCUACGCCUUCCUGUCUCAAACUUCCCCAUCAGUAACCAUUGAGGGUAUGGUUGAUCCUUGAAGGUACUGAGCACAGUAAAGUUAUUUCCUCAGUCUUUUGUUUUGUGCUCUAGACUACAUUUAUUAAUAAUAGGUACUUAUCCGUCUGUUUUUGUUUGAAGACAAAAAAAAAUUCCCUUAAAUCUAUGUAAAACUAACGUAGAAAGAAGGGCCGUGUUGCUUUUACAUAACGCAGUUUAAGAAAGAUGGCUACUGAAGGAGCACCUCAGUCUUCCCCAGUGGGUAAUUUCUAUCCUACUUCAGUGUGUCUAUUACUGAUUUAAAUAUGACAGGUUUUUAAAAAAUACAUAACUUGAGUGAUAUUGUGCUCUGCUUCAUGCAUGGAGAAAAAUGAAACCAUGCUCUCCAAACCCUACAGUUUUUCUCCAAAGUCUUGUUUUGAAAGACUUAAGCAAUUUUUGUGCUAGUUUUAUCUUCUUACUUCCUGGACUUGUUUUUACUACAGAGUAAUGUUGCUUUGUGGUUCUCUCUGGAAUAAAUUGUGCUGUAUACAACCAAGUGUGUUUUACAAUCUAUCAUUCCAGAUAUUGUCCUGGAUUACAACAUCCCGUAUAUAUGCCUGCCAUGGUGUAGGAAGCCAUCUCUGUGGUUCUGAAUACUUGGUAUUACUUCACCUGAAGGCUCUGAAGGAUUUUAAAAUUUCUUAGGUCACAGGAAACAACCUUGGUCCCUGACUUUUUUUAGAUUUAUAAGUGCUGUUUUAUUUUCUUCAGGGCCGCUCGUCCUAAUUUCAAGAGAAAAACUUAAGGAGAAAUAAAGUAUCUAGGGUAUGUGACCUGCAGGCCUUAGCAUGUGAAGUAACUAUCAUCUCACCUACAUUCUGGAACACAGAAUGUCUUUCUGUCACCCAGAGGUGUGUUAGCAUAAGUAAUACCAGGUGUCUCUGUCGAGCUGUUCAAUUGCAUAUGUGCUUGAUGUGUGCAGAAGUACCUUCUCUGUUUAAAUCUUAAUAAAGUUGAAUUUUAUCA